GAUACUCCCUACGAACGGACACACCCUCUCACGUUGGCGAACCGGUUCUCGACGUUCCCCUCCACCCUCGAAGUGCCCAUGACGGAAUCGAUCAACGCACUCAUCACCUCCACCACGGCGCAGUACACACAGCAAGCUUUGCGAGUCUUCGGCGGGUUCGGACUCCCACUGAGUACCUCCACGCUUUCCGGAAGCGGCGGUCUCGAUCAGCAGCGGCCCACGCCCAUCACAGCCGCCCACGAGCAGAUGCGACCCACAGAAGCCGAACUUUUCAUGUCAGUACUAUUUCCCGGAGUCUGGGCUGCGACAACGAGCGUACUCGUCGAGACGAGAAAGAGAUUGGGAAGCGCAUGGGCGGAGGGAUUGGUUCGCAAAGCAGGAGAGGACAAUCUCCGAAUCCUAGAUGCAGGUGGUGCUGGAGCGGGCAUUGUCGCCGUACGAGAAGUGCUCCGAGCCGAGUGGGAGCGUAUGCACGGGGAAGGUGCCGGCGAAGACGCACCUCCCCUCGGCCAGGGCGUAGUCUUGACUGGCUCCGAUACGCUCCGGAAAAAGGCGAGCUCGAUCCUGGAGAACACCACCUUCAUCCCGCGGCUGCCGGACUAUAUCCAUGCCACCGACCCCAACCCCAAGGGCAAGUUCGACAUCGUCAUCGCGCCCUACACGCUCUGGCAGAUCCGCGAAGACUACGCUCGCAAGAACCACGUCCUCAACCUAUGGAGCCUGCUCAAGGAUGACGGCGGCGUGCUGAUCCUGUUGGAGAAGGGCGUGGCGCAGGGUUUCGAGGCCGUCGCGGGCGCUCGCGACAUGCUCCUCGAACACCGGAUCCUCUCACCUCCACCCGAAGACGCCGAGAGGAAGCCGGAGCACCACGAGCGCAUCGACGCCCCGCCGGACAGCGAAGGGCGCAAGGAAACCGGCAUGAUCGUCGCGCCCUGCACGAACCACGUCGGCUGCCCCCUGUACGUGCAGAAGGGCCGAGUCCGCGGCCGCAACACGAUCUGCAAAUUCGCCCAGCGCUACCACCGCCCGGAAUACCUCCAGAAGGUCUUCACCGCCAACCUCAAGGGCGGCAGCGGCAAGAACCACGAGGACGUGCAAUUCUCCUACCUCAGCGUGAUGCGCGGCCGCGACCUCCGCGCCGCCUCUCCCUCCUCGUCCCUACUCGCCAGCAACAACAACGACACCGCCACCACUCCCCCACCCCUCCACCAGAACCAAGCCAGCACCGACCGGGCCUUCGCCGGCUUCGAGAACGGCGCCUCGCCACAGUCCCCCCCACAGGCGCACUCGCUCUCGCUGCCGCGGACCGUCUUCCCGCCGCUCAAGCGCACGGGACACGUGAUCCUGGACGUGUGUACGCCCGCCGGCACGCUGGAGCGCUGGACCGUGCCGCGGAGCUUCUCGCGCCGGGCCUUCCGCGACGCGCGCAAGAGCUCCUGGGGCGACCUGUGGGCCCUGGGCGCCAAGUCCAGGAUCGUCCGCUACCUCAAG